AUGAUAUUCUUGUGGAUGCCUACUUUGGAAGCCUCAAAAAUUCCUCACCUUUCGUUUUUUGGAAACGAAUUGUUUCCUGAUCACGGUGGAAUGGCUCACACUAGUUUAUUGGCCGUUGUUGAAUUCAUCAAAAUGAUGGACUUCUACCAGCAAUUGGAUUCAGAUUCUCUGCUGAAAAUAGUGAAACAUGGGACUCUCAUGGUCCGUGGACUCAUGAAUGCUGAGAGAUCAAUCCGAAGAUUCCAAUCAGAUUGUAUACGUCGAGCAGAUGGUUCAGUUGCCGGAAAACCAAUGAGAAAUUAUAAUGGAGUAUGGGUAGAACAGAGAAAGAUUGUACAGAAGAUUUUAUACGCUUUCUUGAGAAAUAAUAUCGACUCAACAGAAUAUUUAUUCGUUAAAGCUAUCGUAUUAUGCAACCCAGCUGUUAUAGGAAUAUCAAUGGAAGCUCAAAAAGUGGUCGAAGAAGAGCGUCAAAAGUACGCGAGAAGUCUUUUCACUUACUGUUUAAGACAACAUGGAUCACGGUUCGGUCCUGAUAGAUUUGCUGCAUUGCUUUCAAUAAUGUCAGUGAAGGAGAAUCAACAAAAAGAGGAGAAGAGUUUCAAUGUGAUUCUUCGCUCUUUUUAUUCAAAUGUUACAGUUCUUGUCAGUCCGCUGUAUGAUGAAAUUAUGGGUUCAUAA